ACAACAACAGUGAGCAGCCAUGACGAUUUCACCGUACUAUUUCAACCCCAACAUUUUUCCGCGCUCGCCGUAUAGGUACUCUUCUUGAAACUGAGAUCUUGAUAGUAAAUCCCCCAAAAAAAUUAACUUUUCGCAGUGAAAAGUUGAAUGGGGAGGUGGGAUUUGGUACAAACAACCAAAAACCCAAAAAAAUAAAAAAACAGACAUUCAAUGCUUCUUGCUGAAAACUCCAAGGCCUUUCUUCUCCUAUAUAUAUGUGUGUAAUUGUGUGUGUUAAAAAACCGUGGUAGCUAUUUGACACAAAGAAAAAGUGUUAGUAGCCCUAAUACCCUACUGUCGCCGGCAGUGGCUUUGGGCUUGGUUUUACUCCUUUUUCCCCCCCUUUAUUCACUAAGAAAAAACAUCGUUUAAUUUUCCGCAAUAUUUUCAAGUUUGCCGUUUUUUCUCUUCCGAUCAUGUCAAACCCGCCGCCGUCGCCGCAACCAACGGGCAGUUUCCCGUUCGCAGCCUCAAUAUUCUCGGAUGGCGGCUCAUCAUCAUCAUCUGCAUCAGCCGGACGUAGGGCCGAAACGCUGUCGUAUGCCCGUCGCUUGAUUGACGCCCUCCAUAACCCUGAAACCAGAGAGCGUGCCCUCUCCCUCCUUGCCAAGCUUCAAAGCAAAGCAGUUCGUGAAGAGUUGGCACCACUGUUGUGGCACUCUUUUGGUGCUGUCACCAUACUUCUUCAGGAAGUCAUUUCAGUGUACCGCUUCAUGCCUAACAACCUUACAGAAAAACAAUCAAAUCGUGUCUGCAAUGCCCUUGCUUUGUUUCAGGGUAUGGCUGCGCAUCCUGAUACAAAGCAUUUGCUUAUGAAAGCUAACAUACCCAUGUAUCUCUACCCAUUCCUUGAUAGCACAAACAAAGAGAAACCUCAUGAGUUCUUGAGGCUUACUAGCUUGGGAGUUAUUGGUGCCCUUGUCAAGGUUGAGGAUCCAGUUACUACAAGGUUCCUGCUGGAAUCUCAAGUCUUUCCCUGCUGCCUCCGCUGCAUGGAGUUUGCGGAUCAUCUGCUGUCGAAAACUGUGGCAACCUUCAUAGUUCACAGGCUCAUACUGAAUGACGAAGGGCUGAGGUACUGCUGUGCUUUAGCAGACCGGUUCUUUGCAGUGAGCCAUCAGCUGGGGAAAAUGGUGGAACAGCUUGCCAAUAGCAACGAAGUGAUGCUCGGUGGGGAUACCCCGAAACGCCUUCUCAAGCACAUCAUCUGGUGUUACCAGAGGCUCUCUGAAAGCCCAAGGGCGUGCCAUGGACUUAGAACAUGGCUUCCUCUCAGAUUAAGAGACGCUGCAUUCAUCAGCAUCAUUCAAGAUGACGUUACUGCAAUGCAGUGCCUGCAGAAGCUGUUCAAUAACCUUGCUGCGAGGAAUGUGUCUCCACCCCCGGCCAUUGAUAACUUGCUUACCCGGUUGGUCCGCCAUUAGAGACAUAAUACAAGAUCAUACAAUACAGGGUGUAAGGCUAUAUAUAGUUGUACUGGGGACUUCUCUCAGUCAAGAACUCUAAAUGUUGUAGAAUGUUUUCUUUCUUUGAACUAAAUGUUGUAGAAUGUUGUAAUCUUUCUGUUCGAUUACCCUUCCUUUCUGGGUGAACUUCAUGUUGAACUUGCUUUGGGUUGAGGUUUGUUGUUAUAAUGGCAAAAAGAUUCAGACUUGUGUUGAGAAUAUGAACAGAAUUUGAGGGUUAACUUAUAACAGAGAAAAUCUCGUACAAAAUCAUGCAAUGAGGGGAUGGUAUAAAGAAAACAAAAACAC